AUGGGGCAGGGCAACGACCGCGGCACGCAGUACCGCAGCGGCCUUUACUAUUUCGAUGAGGACCAGCGAAAGCUGUUCGAGGCCAGCAGGGACACCUACGAGAAGGCCCUGAAGGCCGCCCAGGCGGGCGAAGGCAGCAGCAUCACCACCGAGAUAGCCGCUGCCUCCGACUAUCCCGAGGUGUUCUAUUACGCGGAGGACUACCACCAGCAGUACCUCGCCAAGCCAGGGGCUCGUCCUUAUUGCUCUGCGCAGCCGCAGCAGGUGUCGCUGCCACCGUUCGAGGAGUGGGCCCCAGAAGACCUCAAGGAGACGUACGCUCCCAAGUUGCCGGAGGAUUUCUGGAAGGUGGGUUCGCUGCCGUAG